UACCAGCAGCAGAUCAGAGCACUUCCUCAGUCCUCCACUGCUUUGAGCUACUGAUCUUCUCUCCUUGGAUCUUGUAUACUCAAGAAAGAGAAGAAAACACAGAUUGUCAGAAUCCUUCAGAUUUGAUCCCUCGCACUGUUAAGAUCUCUUCAUUACUGGAUGUCAAGUCUGAAUAUCAGCACCAGUACAUUGAAGUAUACUCUCCCAUUAAGCUGAGGUGAUGGCUGUGCUGCUCUUCCCUGUGCAGCUGCUGGCAGUGGCUCUCACCAUUUACCUAGAGCUGGUGAGGUCUGCUCAAGGUGGCGUCUACUAUGGGAUCAAGCAGUUGCCACCCCAGGUGCCCCAGUACCAACCCCUCGGACAACAAGUACCUCACAUGCCCCUCGGCAAAGAAGGCAUCCCAAUGCAGCACAUGGGCAAGGAGAUGCCCCACAUGCAGUAUGGGAAAGAGUACCCCCAUCUGCCUCAGUACAUGAAGGAGGUCCCGCAGAUGCCUCUGCUUGGCAAGGACAUGGCUCCCAAGAAAGAGAAAGAAAUGCCCAUGCGUAGUCUGAGGGGCGAGCAAGGUCCCCCUGGUGAGCCUGGACCAAGAGGGCCGCCGGGGCCACCAGGAUUACCGGGUCAUGGUGUGCCCGGAGCCAAAGGAAAACCAGGCCCACAAGGAUAUCCAGGAAUUGGGAAGCCAGGUUUGCCAGGGAUGCCGGGGAAACCAGGGGUCAUGGGCCCCCCGGGGCCAAGAGGGGAGAUGGGGCCGAAGGGGGAGGUCGGUCCUAUGGGGAUACCUGGGCCACAAGGACCACCGGGGCCUCACGGGCUGCCAGGCAUAGGGAAAGCAGGUGCUCCGGGGCUGCAGGGACAGCCAGGGCCGAAGGGUGAGCCCGGGAUGAAGGGGCCCCCGGGAGCCCCCGGGAUCCCAGGGCCAAAAGGGGAGAAGGGCAUCGGGAUCCCGGGUCUGCCAGGACUGAAGGGCCCGCCUGGGCUACCCGGUCCCCCCGGCCCCGUGGGACUGCCGGGGGUCGGCAAGCCGGGCAUGGUCGGCUUCCCAGGCCCGCAGGGACCCCUGGGCAAACCUGGGCCCCCGGGAGAGCUGGGACUGCAGGGGCCCCCGGGGGCCCCCGGGAUCCAAGGCCCUCCUGGCCUGCCCGGCGUCGGCAAACCCGGCCAGGACGGCAUCCCCGGCCAGCCAGGCUUCCCGGGCGGUAAAGGGGAGCAGGGCCUACCGGGCCUGCCAGGGCCCCCUGGCCUCCCUGGCGUGGGGAAGCCAGGCUUCCCUGGCCCCAAGGGUGAGCGUGGUGUGGGUGGCCUGCCUGGCCCCCUGGGGCCGAAGGGUGAGAAGGGGCACGCUGGGCCACCUGGCAUGGGGGGUCCGCCGGGGGAGCCGGGUCAGCCGGGACUGCCGGGCAUCAUGGGCCCCCCGGGGGCUGCUGGCUUCCCAGGACCCAAAGGAGAGGGUGGUGCCGUGGGGCCACCGGGACCUGUCGGCCCCAAGGGCGAACCCGGCCUGCAGGGCUUUCCAGGAAAGCCGGGCUUUCCUGGGGAAGUGGGGGCCCCCGGGCUGCGCGGGCUGCCAGGCCCCACUGGGCCCAAGGGGGAGGCCGGACAUAAAGGCUUGCCAGGGAUGCCAGGCGUCCCAGGGCUGGUGGGGCCGAAGGGUGAGCCGGGGCUCCCUGGCGCCCAGGGGCUUCAGGGCCCUUCGGGCAUCCCAGGCAUCGCAGGACCCAGCGGUCCCAUCGGCCCCCCAGGACUGCCAGGGGCGAAGGGGGAGCCCGGCCUGCCUGGACCCCCUGGCUUCCCCGGUGUGGGCAAGCCUGGUGCCGUGGGGCUGCAGGGACCCCCAGGGAAGCCCGGGGCACUGGGUCCCCCUGGCCAGCCGGGGCUCCAGGGGCCACCUGGCCCCCCUGGGCCCCCAGGUCCCCCAGUCAUCAUCCCACCCACUCCGCCGGCCGUGGGACAGUACAUGCCUGAGGUGGGGCCAGGGAUCGAUGGCGUCAAGCCCCCCUACGGCUACAUGGGCAAGAAGGGCAAGGCUGGCGGUGCCAUCUAUGAGAUGCCUGCGUUCACAGCAGAGCUCCUCACCCCCUUCCCCCGGGUUGGGGUGCCCGUGAAGUUUGACAAGCUCCUCUACAACGGCCGGCAGAACUACAACCCCCAGACAGGGAUCUUCACCUGCGAAAUCCCCGGUGUCUACUACUUUGCCUACCACGUCCACUGUAAAGGGGCCAGCGUCUGGGUGGCAUUGUUCAAGAACAACGAGCCGCUGAUGUACACCUACGAUGAGUACAAGAAGGGCUUUCUGGACCAGGCUUCAGGCAGCGCCGUUGUCCAGCUGAUGCACGGAGACAAGGUUUAUGUUCAAAUGCCAUCUGAGCAGGCUGCAGGACUCUAUGCCGGGCAGUACGUUCAUUCAUCUUUUUCAGGAUAUUUAUUGUAUCCCAUGUAAAACAAAAACCAGACACACACACACACACAAUCAAAACCUUUCUUCUCUGCUUCAAACUUUUAUACCAUGAAAGAUGCAUUUUAUGACAGUUUUGGACCAUCUUGUACAAAAAAAAUAAAUUACAAAGUUUAACGGUAUGCACAGCUAGUUAUAAAAAAAAAAAAAAAAGUGAGGUGAACAUAUCUAAAGAUGUGUAUCCGGUUCAUAAACAGUCGUUUUGCACCCAAGGGGUACAUAUUAGCUGUACAUUAUAUAUUUCUGUGAUGCCAUGCUUACUUCAUUUCCUUCACAAUAAUUCAAUACUAAGGUUCAAAUCAGUGUACAUCACUCAUUCCUGCUGCAUAUUUGACUGUUGCAUUGAUCAUAGUUAUGAGAUGAAAUCCAGUGACUUAAACCAGAGUAGGUCAGUCUCAAAUUACAUGGAAAAACUUGAGUGGCUUUGUAUUUGUUUGGGUGGGUUUUUCUUUGGUUUUUUUGACUGACAAGCAAAGGUUCUCUUAGCUGGAGAUCUUUAUUUCCCUCCCCCCCUUUAAAAAUAUUCCUGCAGGUGUGCGUUCUUCCUGUACAACUUAUUUAUGAUGGAAAAGGAGCACUGAUUGUGUAACUAUUCCCUGCCAGGCUUCUCCAGCAGUCACUGGACCCAGAAGGUGGCUGCUGACUCCAGCAGGCACAGGGUUCACCUCCAAAUGCCACAGCACUCUGAAAAGUCUCCAUCUGCAUUUGUGAGGUUGAAGUAGAGGUAGAUCAGAGACAAAAAUGAUGGGCUCCGCUUUUCCUUUGUGCCACAUGAUUGAGAUGUUUUGGCCAACACAUGGCAUUACAGCAAGGUGGUAUAAAUCUGCUUGGAUUUCUGUGUUCGUGCUAAGAACCUGCAUCUGUUUGGCUUGUCAGAAGAGGCAUCUAUUCUGCCACUCAGCAAAAGUUAAAUCAGUUUACUCUUCAAUGACUAGGCAAAGCAGAAGUAGCUCUAUUUGCUAAUUAACUAAUUUGUUGUUCGAGAUCAACCAGCAAGACUGAUCAUACAGAUUUAUCCGAGAAUGUCAUUUUAUAUAAAUGCCAAUUUCCAAUCCUUAUUUAUGUGUUACCAAUUCUCAAGGAGAACCUGCAGGCCUCAAUCUUUCCUCUACAUGAGGAAAGCAACUUCUCUGCAAGAGUUGUCUGUUCAUCAAUGGUGCUAAUCUCAGCUCAAACGUAUUCAUUCGCAAAGGGCACUGUACUUUGCUGUGGUUCCCUGUGCGGUGCUGCACAUCACACACUGUUAUGCUAGUUGAAAGAGUUCAAUACUCACCACUUCUUCAAUGCCUUUAGCUAACGCUACUGCUUUUUGAUCCAAAAAUGAACUAGAUUUUUCAUGCAGAACUAAGAUUGGAUUUAACUGGCAUUACCAUUAUUUAAAUGCAGAGUUUAAUGCAGUCUAACAUUGACUAAGGACUCCAGUGAUAUAAUGUGGUGCUUUAUCUCAGAAAUGUUAUGGAACGGUGGCAGGAACAGACAGACAGUUUACCAGGCAGUGGUGACUUCAGUAUGUUCCAGAAUGUAUGAGAUGUCAAAAGCAAAUAAUUUUGUAUUUAAAAUUUUUGUACUGAUUUGAAAAAAAUACCUUAUUAAAUAUCCUAAAAAACAACAAAACCUGUCUUCAUUCAGCAGAACUGCAGGAAGGAACAUUCAACCCACUGAAUUCAUGUAUCGGACCACGAGGACUCACAGAAACCAGACAGCCUGAUGUGAAAACGGAAAAGCAAAAAUAAAAGAAGAAGAAAGGAAAGGGGGGUCAGGAGAGAGAUCCCCUUUUCUCUAGAUCCCCUUUACUGGCAAAACCUGCCCUAAGCCACUGGCAUGCACACGCUGCCCCAGCGUCACAUUUAGUGGGAGUGUGGCUGGGGAGGAUGCGCAGAACGUGGGGCUCCUGCAGCGGUGGGCGCCUGCUCAGCACAAGCCAAGGCAGGACUGCAGCUUGACAAGGCAGAGGGGCAGCGCGUGGGAAGCCAAGAAAUCAGACAUCACAGAGGCGCACUGCAAAGGGGUUGCGCUCGCCUACAAAGUCAGAGCUGGCUGCCCAGGCUGGGAGAUGCACACCACCUCCCUGGCUGUCUCUGUGAUCUGAAAACAGCCUUUCUCAUUCCUCCCCCUUUUUUCACCUGCAGCAAAAACCUAGUGUGAAAGCUGCACGUAAUUGUCACUGAUCUACAUCACUAUUCAACUGUGGCUCCAUAGUGGGGUGUAAAUUAUAACUCACAGUGUGGAUCCCCCCCAUCUCACCUCACAGGCAUUUCGUCCAAGCUGCCAAACUCCUACAGUCAACACUAGAAUAAAUGCAUUGCAUACCUACUUGCAUCAGGUAGUCGCUCUCGAGAUCUCUUAAGACUCCCUGAAGCCGCUGACUAAGCAGCUCCCCACUUCCCAGCUUCUCAUUUUUACUGCACAAAGAGAACACCAAAACAUGAGCAAAGUCUCACAAUUGACAUCCCUCACUUCCUAUGUAAAGUCUUCUGUCAUACACCAUCUUCUUCAUCAAAUAUCUUUUAUUUUAGCAUUCCCCUGAAAGUCCCCAAUAAGACAGGCAUGAAAAAUUAACCAUGAAAAACCUGAUCUUAACCCACCAAAACUAUGUCCCAGCUUUGCUUUGACUCAGCCUAGAGUAAACUCCACCUGCAGUACAGCUCAGCCUAAUUAUUUUCUGUUAAGCACCAAAGUUUAUUCUGAAAUUCAAUACUGAAUCUGACAACACUGAGUGUACUUUACACACCAUUAAC